UGGUCACUGGGAGACAUUUGUAUAGAGUACAUGUUGACUAAAAAAAACCUGAUUCCAUUUAAUUUGCUCGUGGUAUUCCUGGAGGUUUACAAUGAGGGCUGCUCUGCUGCUGGUUUUCCUGUACUGUCUGUCUGGGACAUCAGCUCUACAAGACACUAAAGGCAUUAACCAGGACCAAGUGAGUGGUUCGGCUACCGCGGAUAUGUGGGAUGAGCUGAAAACUCUGAGAUUCAUGCUGGUGGAGCAAAAUGCGGACCUGAUGUAUGCCAAGGCUGAACUGCAAACCCAGAGACUCAGAAUGGCUGAUCUAGAGGAAGACUACACAGGAAUGAACUCCAGACUGUCAGCCACUGAAAACAAUGUGACAGCGGUUACAGAGGAGCUGGAAGCGACUAAGACUGAACAGCAGCUCCAGAAGACAAAACUGGAAGAGGCUGAGAGACUGAUUUCUGGUCAAUCAGCAGUAAUGGGAGCCCUGGCUUCCAGAAUGGCAACCCGUGAAGGGGAGGCGCAGAACCAGAAGAUGGUGGUGAAUGCUCUCAGGGAAGCGCUGGAUAAUUGUCAAUCAGCAGAACUGACAGCUCUGGUUUCCAGAGUGACAACCUGUGAGGGGAAGGCGCAGAACAUGAAGAAGAAGGGGAACACUCUCGAGGAAGAGCUGGUUAAUUGCGCUCCAAAACUGGCUUUCUCUGCUGGCUUGACCAGUUCAGGACAUAUUGGACCAUUCACUACUGAAACUCCACUCAUCUACGGUCGAGUCUUCACAAAUAUUGGCGGGGCUUACAACCUCACUACAGGCAUCUUCACAGCACCUGUCAAGGGAGUCUACUAUUUCAGAUGCACUGCCUUCAACAACAAGAAAGGAGAGUGGAUGGCAGUGAAUUUAUACCAUAAUAGUCAGAUCAUUUUGCAUAAUUCAGAGAUAGCUAAUGGUCAUACCACCAUUGCAAAUGCAAUACUUUUACAGCUGGAACAGGGAAGUGUGGUCUAUAUGUGUCUCCAAAAAAACUGUGGGCUUUAUGAUGAUUCUACGACCUGGAACACCUUCAGUGGUUUUCUGCUGUUCCCUCUGUGACUUUCAGAUAUAAUUUGAUCUUCACAAAGGCCUUUAGGAUUUGCACUUUCCAAUUGUCUUUACACUGCAUUUCCUUCAUACUUUGUGAAUAUUGUCCUUGGUACCUCAAUUAGAUAAAGUCAAACGGAGACCGAAGUUGACUCUUGUAUUCUAAAAUCACUUAGCAAAAACUGUCAACUAAUGUGCAUGAUCACAUGACGUAAAUAAUGUACUGUAAUUUAAAAGACAAGAGAAAGUUAAAGAACCUCAACGCGGAACUGAUUUUCCUUGCAAAUUUUGCAGCAGUCAAUGCGGCACACUGAACAAUGAACUUGAAUUUAUUAAUUAAUUAACUUAUCAUAACAUCCAAGUUCACUUAUUGUUUGUCUUGUAAAUUCGAUUUUGGGACUUCAAAGCCCCAGAGGCUCCGUCAGCACGUGAAACUUCACAGUCUCUCAGACUUGGCUCUACUCUCUGUGAAACUGCCAUGCAUAAGAAUGUCACAAAUACAGUAUUUGCAUGCUUUACCCAGUAAUGCUGCUGCCUUUGUCAACUCAAGCCAUAGGAGGAUUUAUGGGAAUAUUUUUUAUUGAUAGCAUGGUUAAAAAAAAAAAAACAACACAUUUUUAUCUCAAUGCAAUACAAGGAAACAUAAGACUGUUCCUCUCUUAAAAAGCACCUCUUUCUUUAACAGGUAAAAUAAUUGGGUAUAGUCACAGGCUAACAUUAGUGGUAUAAAUCCAAAGGAAAGAGCCUAGAAUUCUUAGUUGGAGAUGGUCCUGUGAGCUGCAGGAACAAUGGGAAGAUGGAACCAUGUAUUCAAAUAUUUAUAACACAAUGGUAUGUUGUAUUAUCUAUGCAUUACAGAUGUUAAAUAUUUACUACUAAGUAAAGUCAAUAUUGUCCUCAACCUGUAUUAAUGAAAUUGUUUGUAAUGAUAAAGGCAACAAAUUUAACUGCACCUUAUCACGGCCUACGUGUG